UCCCACAUUUCUGCUACUUAAGUCUUCAUCAAUAUUAAACGACCUCCAGACCCAACUUUUUCUCUACCAUGAGAGGGUAAAACAUCUGUGAAAGUCCCUCACAAAAGCGCAAAAAACACAAAAAAUGUGGACGAAAAUAAAAUAAAAUGAGAUCAACAUAGAAAAACAUGAAACCAGAUAAAUGAACGCAGCUGAAACCUUUAAAGGUGAGGUUCUCUUGGGUUCCGUCUUGAUCAAGGUCCCAAAAUCCCCGCGCGCAUGCGCGGUGGUGUCUGGAGCGCACACCUCCAGAGACUCCUGCGUGAUCUCAGAGUAGCGCGGACCUGUGGAGGAAUGGCGGCUCCUCGGAGUGUGCUCGUCUGGCUCUGCGCCCUCUGUGCGCUCUCUGCUUCUUCCCGCGGAUCUACGACCACCGGCGGCGGCAGGAGAACCAAUCAGGACCGCUGCGCCUUCAAGGUCCAGCCCGGAGCAGACGGCGGUCGCAGGCUCGCCGUCACCUUCAAAACUGACAACUGCUCUUCAAACUACCCACUGGGGAAACAAGUGAUCCAUGAGGUCUCCAACAUCUCCUUUAGUCACCUGGCCUGUGAGGAUCAAGCCGCCGUGGUCGUCCACUGGUCUGCCAGUCCUCUAGGAAUCGAACACGUGAAGGGCUUCAGAGUCUACCUGGAGGACAAGAACCCGGAGGGGAAACAGUGCCAGAGCCUGGUCCUGAAAGACCCGCGCCAGCUCAACUAUUCCUACAGGAACACGAAGAUGAGCAGUCAGCCUUUCGGCGGACUCACCUUCGACACAGACUACAUGGUCCGUGUGGUUCCCUUUCCUUCUCUGAUGAAUGAGAGUUACUUCGCUCCAUCCUUCCUCCGGACCAACUCGUGUGAAGUUCUGCUGGGGUUGGACAACCUGGUCUGCAAACCAUUCUGGAAGCCAAAGACUCUGAACGUGUCUCAGCUCGGUUCAAACCUCCACGUGGUCUUCGAUCAGGCUCCGCCCUCUUUCGGCUUCAGCUUCUACUUCCUGUACUUCCGGCUGCGGCACAGCGGCCUGCUCCGACUGCAGCGCUGCAAGCCGGACACAAACCAGGUUAGGACGACGUGCUACCUGCAGGACGUCACGCCAGGGACCUACACCAUCGAGCUGAGAGACGAUUCUAACAACACCAGGAGGCAAACUCAGUACCACGUCAGCCAGGUCCACUCCCCCUGGGCGGGGCCAAUCCGUGCCAUGGCCAUCACUGUGCCGCUGGUCAUCAUGUCUGCAUUCGCCACCCUCUUCACUGUGAUGUGUCGCAAGAAGCAACAAGAAAACAUUUAUAGUCACCUGGAUGAGGAGAGUAGUGAGUCCUCCAAUCAAAGCGCAGCCCUCAACAGCGAGCGGCCGUGGCCCCGCCCCAAAGUCUUCAUCUGCUACUCCAGCAGGGACUGUUCCAAACACACCAGCGUCAUCCAGAGCUUCGCCUACUUCCUGCAGGACUUCUGCGGCUGUGAGGUGGCGUUGGACCUGUGGGAGCACCUGGAGAUGUGCAAAGAGGGUCAGAUGUCCUGGCUCAGCAGGCAGCUGGAGGAAGCAAAUUUCAUCAUCGUCGUCUGUUCUAAAGGUUUAAGAUAUUUUGUGGAGAAGAGUCGUAAGGGGAAGACCCCCGUCUGUCGCCGUGGUAACGACAGCAGCUCUGCCGUGGGGGGAUCACACGGAGACCUUUUUAUUGCGGCGGUGGCAAUGAUCGCAGAGAAGCUGCGGCAGGCGAAGCGGUCGGAGGCGAGCGGGGAGCAGGAUCUGAACCGCUACAUGGCGGUGUAUUUCGACUACUCGGCAGAAAGCGACGUCCCCACCGUGCUGAGUCUGGCGCCCAGGCUGAAGAUGAUGGACCAGCUGCCUCAGCUCUUAAGUCGACUCCAUUCCAGCCAGGUGGGUCUACCGGACCCCGAUCCGCUGCCUUUGAACGUCUCCAGGAGGAACUACUUCAGGAGCAAGUCCGGACGCUCGCUCUACGUUUCCAUCUGCAACAUGCACCAGCUCAUCAGCCAGAACCCUGACUGGUUUGAGGCGCAGCUGGCUCCCGCAGCACACUCCUCCUCUGAAGUCUCCUCAAAGCCGUCUGGCCCCGCCCCUUUGGCGGGUCCAAGUUCCCCCUCAAAGCCCGGUUGCUCCUCUUCGCUUCAGCCAGAGCCGAGGCUGGGCUCUGGCCUGAGUCUGAAUGAAGUGGCAGUUAGGGUGCCGUUGCUCGAGGGAGUGGAUGGCGUCCCGAAGAGGUCGGUGCUGUUGCUGGCCCCCGGCCCAGUCCAGAGCCUCAACGUCUGUCGAAGUCCGAGUCCCGGACCGUGUCCGAGUCCUGAUGCAUCUCACUGCUCUUCUUCAGGAUCCAUCAACCGAAGAUGUGGACUUUCACCUGAAGAGUCUCGCUGCUCCUCCUCUGGCUCAGCUCCUCCCAUCCUCCAGGAUGAGGAGUGCAGUGUCCCCUCCCUGGCAGAAGAAGACCGUCCCUCUGUUCCGGAGGCCCCGCCUCCUCGCGACUCAGGCAUUUACGAGUCGUCCGUCCCAUCGUCGGAGCUUUCCAUCCCGCAGAUGGAGGGAUUGUCCCACGACCAGGCGGACUGUUCCUCUCUGGCAGACAGUGAGUCAUCUUCAUCUGGGCUUGGUGACGAGGAGCUGCCUGCUGUGGCGUCGCUCCACUGCAGCACCGGCACUGUUUGCAAAGCUGAGUUGCACCAUCACCACCAUCCUCAUCAUCAUCACCACUUGGAGCAGAGCGACACACUGACCCGCGCAGCUUCACUGUAGGGGGUGUUGACCUGCGGGUCACUGAGUGAAGCUGUCUGUCACCUGGUGGUGUUUUUGGAAACCUGAGACAGUUCUGGGCUUUGGCCUCCAGGUGGCGCCACUGUUACAGACCCCAAACUGGAAGAAAAGUCUGGAAAUGUGGGUCGUUGAGAGCUGUAACCACGGUAACCGCUCUGUUGUUAAGCUGUUGUCGUUGCUGCAGCCUCUCACAGAUAGUCCUCUGUCGCCGUGGCAACCACUGUGCCUGGCAGCCUCCGCAGCUGCUUCAAACUCCCACCUUUUAAUAGUAACUGGUGUCUUGUAACCAAAAUAAUCACUAAAACAGUGUGGUAACCGUGGAAACCGCAGCAUCCAGGGCUCCCAUCAGCUUUGAUGCUUCGUCGGCCCCACUGACGCCUCUGCCUGGACGAUGGGAUCUGCAGAUGCCGGUGGGGCUCCGAGCUUCAUCUCCAGAUGGGAUGCAGACGUCUGUCUGUUCAAAGAGAAGACUGGAAGGAGUUUGCAGGCGUCCAGCAUCUUCACAUGAAAGCAUGUCUGCAGCGACUUCUGGGCUUUUCUGACCUGAAGGAGUUUCUGCUGUUUCAAACCUGAGUUUCUAAACGGAACGUUUUCUGCUUCAUCUGAACGGACGCCGUAUUCCCCGGGGACAACAACGGGACGACCACUGUCGCCAUGAGGCGGAAUCGAACCGCAGACGUUCCCCAAACCUGACAAUGUGAUCCCACAUGAUGGAGGAGUGUAUCUAUGUACAUAGAAAGUAGUUUUAUUUUUAUGCAAGUUUGUUUGAAAGACUUCAAUUCCAGACCUCCAGCUGUCUCCUGCCGUGUCUCUCAUUGCAUCUUGAAGGUUUUGGGAUGAAGGUCUCAUCCAAGCAGGCGUGUUAAAAAGCUGUAAACUCUCAUUUGCACUCAAAGCAUUUUAGCCACGACUUUCACCUCUUUCUGACAACAAACAUGAACGUUUAAAUGUAAUCAUGUUUGCGUUUUUGAGUAAUUUUUCAUUUGCAUCCGUUGUAACAAGAACUCAUUUAGGCCCUUUUAACCCUUUAAAGUCUGUUUCUGACUGAAUACUUUUGUAUUAUUUCGGAUUCCCAUCGCUGUCUUCUGUUUCAUACAUGGAAAACAUUGCUUCCAACCUGCAAAUAUUGUCCCAUGAAAUGUUUGCGUUUUGUAUAGGUAGACGAUCCUUUCUGUAUUGGAAUUGUUUUUAUAUGUGAACUGUUAUUUUUAUUUUAUUACAAUAAUUUAGGAAGUGAAUAAAUCUAUUUCACAGAA